GACGUUUCACAUUUAAAUUUGAAAACGUACGGAAUUAUUCAAUUAGAAUUUGUCCAAUUCGAACAACAUCGAAAGAAUUUCAUUUCUUAUUUGAAAAUAAAAAGGGAGUAACUGAAAGAUUGAUUUAUUAAAAUGUCUAUUGAAAAAUCACAGGGAGAAGAGAGAUCUGAACUGGUGAUCAAACAUCCCUUGGAAUAUAAAUGGUGUUUUUGGUAUUAUAAAAACGAUAAAUUUAAACUUUGGGAAGAAAAUCUGAUAAAAAUCGCUUCGUUCGAUACCGUGGAAGACUUUUGGGCUCUUUAUAAUCAUAUCGAACGACCCAGUAAAUUAUCAACGGGAUGCGAUUAUGCUGUUUUUAAAGAAGGAAUUAAGCCAAUGUGGGAAGACGAAAAAAAUCAAGCAGGAGGAAGAUGGGUCGUUAACGUAGCGAAACAUUUGAGGACCACCGAUUUAGAUAAUUAUUGGUUAGAAACUUUAUUGUGUAUGAUUGGAGAAAUGUUCGAUGAUUACAAUGAUGAAAUAUGUGGAGUAGUUGUACAGAUUAGAGCAAGAGUGGAUAGAAUUGGAUUAUGGACUUCCAAUAUCGAAAACAAGGAAAAAAUUAUCAGAAUUGGAAGGAAGCUGAAAGAAACGUUGUACAAUCGUCGAAGUAUUAUAGGAUAUGAGGCUCAUGUUGAUACUUGGACCAAGAAAGGAUCUAUGGCAAAAUACCGAUAUGAAGUUUAAUAUUAGAGUGAAAUGUUUCAAGAAAAAAAAUAUAUUUAUUUAAGUUAUUUUUAAUUUGUUCUUUCUAAUUUUACCACAAAUAAAAUAUAUUUUUUAAGGAAUGUAAUAACUAUAUAAGAAAUAUAAAGUUUACCUAAAUAUUUAU